AUGGAGCAACACACCUUCCGCCGUCGAGGCCUCGGUCUCCGCGGCGUCGACGAAGCCCGCGUCUCCCCAGGCUACGUGCUAUACUCCCCUCUUACCUCAGACACCGCUCACCUAGUCUCGACAUCUGGGAAGGAAGUCCACAGCUGGAAGCUCCCCCACCGCGCAGGCCGCCACGCCCGCAUCCUACCAGACGGCACCCUCGCUUACAACGGCGCACACCCCGAUGCACCAAAUCUCUUCCCCAUGUGGGCCAAGUACCGCGGUGGCGCGAUGAUGCAAGUCGACCCACAAGGCAAGAUCCUGCGCCAAUACUUUGACCCGCUGGCUCACCACGACCAAAACCAUCUUGACGACGGAACGCUGCUAUACACGACUCUGGAACCGCUCACCGCGACCGAAGCAGCCCGCGUCCAGGGCGGUAUUGCAGGCAGCGAGGCUCCAAACGGCAUCGUCUACGGCGACUGUAUCAAGCUCGUUGAUCCCUGGCGGACAAGCAAUUCCUCUUCCUCUGCUGAUUUCUUCGAGGAGAGCGGCGCCGAACUCCUCUGGUCGUGGCGUGCAAUCGACCAUCUUGAUCCCGCUGUUUUCGCUGCUCACCCGCAUUAUCCGCGUGAGCACUGGCCGCUGAUCAAUAGUGUGUCGUUUGACUCUGAGGGAAACAUUAUUGCUUCGUCGCGAAAUGCCUCGAGCGUAUUUGUUAUCAGUCGGGCGACGGGCGAGGUGCUUUGGCAUCUUCCUUCUCCGACGGUUAGCCAGCAGCACUGUGCGCACCAGAUCAAUGAGAGUGGGGAUAUGCUCAUUUUUGAUAAUGGGGUGUUCCGGGCUGGAGUGUCUGUUCCCUUUUCAAGGGCGAUCAUUGUUUCCAAGGAGAAGGUUGUUAAGUGGGAGUAUAAGGAUCCGUCGACUGGUGGACUUGGAUUCUUUACGCCGUUUAUGGGGUCUGCGCAGAAAUUGGUCGGGGGGAAUGUUUUGCUUUGUGAGGCUGCUGAUGGGAGGAUCAUGGAAGUUACCGAGGGUGGGGAGAUGGUUUGGGAGUUUGUAGUGCCACAGCUUGGGGAUUAUAAAGCUGUUAUGGGGAAGGAGGAGUUGGAGGAGAUGGAGAACAUUGGAUUUGAUUAUUCGAGUAAUGCUGUCUUUAGAGCUUGCAAGUAUCGUCCUGAGGAAGUGCCCUGGUUAAAGGAAAGAGAGGGGAGCAGUUGGCUUUCUAAUUUGUUCUAG